AUAGCUAUUCGGAGAAGAGCUUGAGAGCGUGGGGUGGUGAGGUAAGAGCCAGGAUCCGAACACUACUCCUUACAUAUCUCUGUGGGAUUACCACUACCUGCCAGUCUCCUCCUCAUUCAUCUCUCUUUCUUUCUAUCAUAUUCAUCAUCUCAAUCAAAUUCUUCAUUUCUUGAUUCUUCAAACCACCUAGAUCGGUGUUACCUCUUAAUCACUCUCCUACUUACGCUACAAGAUGGUUGGCUUUGGGAAAAACUUGAAGGAAAGACAAAUUGAGGAAUGGAAAGGAUUUUAUAUCGACUACAAACUAAUGAAGAAGAAAGUCAAACAAUAUGCUCGCCAAAUGGAAAGUGGGGGAUUAGAGCGCAGACAUGUUCUCAAGGAUUUUUCCAGAAUGCUUGAUAACCAGAUUGAGACGAUUGUCCUUUUCCUUUUGGAACAACAAGGGCAACUAGGAAGCAGAUUAACCAAGCUGAAUAAAGAGCGUGAUUUACUUCUAGAGGAGCCAGAUAUAGCAAAAAUAUCUGAACUGCGAGAGGCUUAUAGAGAUGUUGGGAAAGACCUCUUGAAACUUCUCCUUUUUAUUGACAUGAAUGCAGUUGGUCUGCGCAAGAUACUUAAAAAGUUUGACAAGCGUUUUGGAUACCGGUUCACUGAUUACUAUGUCAAAACUCGUGCCAAUCAUUCUUAUUCCCAGCUGCAACAAGUGUUCAAGCAAGUGGGGCUUUGGGCUGUUGUUGGCGCUAUAUCCCGCAAUCUUGCAGACCUUCAGGACCGUCAAGGAAGCUACUUGUCAAUUUAUGACCAGCCCGCCCUGCCAUUUCAGGACCCUGUUGUUGAAUCAAUAAAAGCAGCUGUAGAUAGAUUGACCCACUCUACAAACUUCCUUCAUUUCAUGGCACAACAUGCUCUUAUCAUGCAUGAAGAAUUGCCAACCCAUGACGUACCCGUUGAUGAUAAGAGAUACCACUUUAUGUCGCUCGUACUGAAUUUGGCAAACACGUUUCUUUAUAUGGUCAACACCUAUAUAAUUGUCCCAACAGCAGAUGAUUAUUCUUUAAGCCUUGGUGCACCUGCAACUGUUUGUGGUAUUGUAAUUGGUUCUAUGGCUGUUGCACAACUGUUUUCAUCAGUUUAUUUAAGUUCUUGGUCAAACAAAUCCUACUUCAGACCUCUAAUCUUUAGCAGCAUAGUUCUUUUUAUGGGGAAUGCCAUGUAUGCUUUGGCUUAUGACUCCAAAUCUAUAGUCGUUCUCUUAUUCGGCCGUUUGUGUUGUGGCUUGGGUUCUGCUAGAGCUGUUAAUCGAAGAUAUAUCAGUGACUGUGUACCACUCAGAAUAAGAAUGCAAGCUUCAGCAGCUUUUGUUAGUGCCAGCGCUCUUGGGAUGGCUUGUGGUCCAGCAUUUGCCGGGUUGCUUCAAAUUAAUUUUAAGAUAUACAAGCUCACAUUCAACCAGGAUACUUUGCCUGGCUGGGUCAUGGCUAUAGCUUGGCUUUUCUAUUUGGUUUGGUUGUGGAUUUCUUUUGAGGAACCUGUCCGUGACGAUGACGAGAAAAAUGAAACUCGAGUUUCGAAUACUGGUAGAGCAAACAAUGAUGCAAUUGAAAAUGGCCUAGCUCAGCCUCUGUUGCCGGGUUCAGAAGACAACAAAGAGGAUGAAGACGGCGAUGAUGAAGGUGAUGGAAGUGAAGAAGACCCAGUGGAAUCUCGUCUACCAGCCAGUUCUAUUGGAUCGGCGUAUAGAUUACUUACACCAUCAGUAAAGGUUCAAUUGCUGAUUUAUUUCAUGCUUAAAUAUGUGAUGGAGAUUUUACUUUCAGAAUCGAGUGUGAUCACGUCAUAUUACUUCAAUUGGUCUACAAGUGCAGUCUCUAUUUUUCUUGCAUCCCUUGGCCUUACCGUUCUUCCAGUGAACAUUAUUGUUGGGACCUACAUUAGCAACAUGUUUGAAAACAGGCAAAUUCUCUUGGCAUCACAAGUAGUGGUUUUAGUGGGCAUACUUUUUAGCUUUAAUAUAUUUUUCACGUAUACUGCUCCUCAAUACGUCUGCUCUGGACUCAUAAUGUUUGUUUCAGCUGAAGUACUAGAAGGCGUGAAUUUGGCGCUUCUCUCACAGGUAAUGUCAUCAAGAUUGUCGCGUGGCACUUACAAUGGAGGACUGCUUUCAACUGAGGCAGGAACAAUUGCUCGAGUGAUUGCAGAUGCCACCAUAACAGCGGCUGGAUACCUUGGAGUGAAAAGGCUUUUGAAUGUCACUCUUCUUCCUUCGCUCAUAAUCUGCAUUACAUCGAUUACUGCCACCUGCUGUACGUAUAAUUCUCUUUUCUGAUCAUCAUAUAGUAUCUCUAUCUUUACAUGGUCAUUUAAUUUCUGCUGUCUUUUUACUGUAUAAGUUCAAUUCAUUAAUUUGAUCCCUCAUAUUACUUUAAUAAGAAUUUUGGAUAAUAAU